AUGGCGUCCAGGACUCUAAGCUUAUUCCAGAAAAGUGGAGGAGUCUUAAAGGGGUGCUCAAUAAGUACCCUUAGACUUGCAGUAGAUGGGGAAAUUAAGCUUGCUAAACCUCCUCGUUUUGAUUACUUUUCCAGAGGCGAUAAUAUGCUAAGUGCGAUUUUUGAUAAUGCUAGUAAUCGCUUUAAUGAUAACACCAAAGUAAUACUUGUCGAAGGUAAUAUUGCCUCUGGAAAAUCCAAUGUCGCCGCUAAGUUGGCUGAACACUUUGGUAUGGCAUAUUUUCCCGAUCCAACAGAAGACGAUAUAUAUAUCAAUAAAAUGGUGGAUCCACCCUUUGAUUUCCGUUGCCAUAACUGCUUACUUCCUGAUUUCGCGAAAUAUUAUACAUGCGAAAUGUUUUGGAAUGAACCAGACCUGGUGAAGAAUGGAAAAGGCUUAUUCCUCCAAUACCAUUUCUACUUGAGACGUUACUGGAACUAUUUGACAGCAUUAUGUCACUUAUUCAAUACAGGACAAGGAGUAGUUAUUGACCGAGGUCCUUUCUCGGAGUUCGCAUUCGCUGAUGCUAUGCAUAAAUGCAAUUAUCUCUCAGAGCGUGGACUACUUUGGUUCAAACAGAAUCAUGCAUUGACUAUCCCAAAUCUCUGGAAACCUCAUAUAAUAGUUUAUAUUAGGGCUCCCAUCUCGCAAAUACGUGAGCAGAUAAAGAAACGUAAUAUUCCUUGGGAGGUGAAUGCACGCAAUCUAACUGAUGACUUUUUAAAUGCUUAUGAAGAUAUCCUUGGAAAGUAUUAUCUAGAUAAUAUGAAUCGUUAUUCUUAUAUACUCACAGUGGAUGGUUCAUCAACAAAUGUUUAUGAUGACGACGAUAUUCGUAUUAUUGCACAAAAUGCUACAGAAUUCGAUUUGAGCGGUGAUCAUUUACUACGUGAUAAUCAAAAAAUACUUCAAUGGAGAAGAGGUUUAAAGUAUGAUCGAACUGUACGGGACUGUAGAGCUGCUUUCUCAAAUGCUUACUGGAAAUUUUCAAGUGUUUUUGACAAAGUGGAACAACCUAUGGAUCUGUCUGAAUUACAGUAUAGUUAUGAAGCCCAAGAAAUGCAAGGCACAGCCAUUCAACUGGAUCCACGUACCAGUUUUGUACCAGAGUUCAAUCCCAAGUAUAAGAGUUUAAUGUCAAUUCUGUUCAAUCCAUGGAUUCGUGCACGAAAUUUUAGAUCUGAUCUGCCUAAGAACUACAUAUGGAGAUAA